AUGCCACUAUGGAUUGCGGGCGCGGAUUCGCCACUGGAGCCCCGCGCCAAAGAUGGAAUUACCGAUGCGUCGCGCGAUCAAAAGCGCGGGCGACCGGUGACACGGAGUUGCAGAGCCAUCUUGCGAGCUGCAACGCUGCGCUUUGGCUCAGUGGUCUCGUUCCUUUGGAAGCCUUUGGCUUCCGCCAAAGAGGCGGACGCCUCGGGGUUGGGUGGUGAACUCGGUGUCGAGGGCAUGAGCUAUGGGGACCGAGCUGUCGGUUUGAAAUCCUCCGACGGCCGCACCGAAGCGGAGCUGCUCGCCAGCACCGUUCGAUCGCUGGCCGAUGCGGAUGACACCUCGAACCGCGUCCUGAGCACGCUGCAUGGACAGACAGAGCAGCUGAAUCGCAUCAAGGCCGAUGCUGAUGCCAUCAAUCACAACUUGGACCAGCCCAGCGCUUACUGCUGA